CGCAGGAGCUGCCCAGGGGCUGUGGUCCUGAAAGCUCCAGUCCGGGAACUGACCAGGGAGAGGAGGUACUGAAGACCGACUAAACCUGCUGCAGCGGGAGCUUCGGCCCCAAGAGCUCCAAGGAAGGAGUAAAACAAUUAGCAGCCAGAGAAACCAGACCUGGUGGCACUCCCAAGAGGCAGUGUCCGGGUUUAACAUGGAUCGAUAAAAGCAUCUCCUUCUCCUGUGACCUGGACGGUCAGGGAAACGUGGCUUCUCUGAGUCUCCUCCAGGGCACAGAUUCACAGAGUUCAGGCCAGGCACUGCGACUGCCAAAGAAUCUAGAAAUGGCAAAAACUUAUGUGAAACCCAAGGAGAUGAUAGAGUUGGUCAACACACCAUCUUGGAUAGACAAAGGUCUGGGUUCUCAGAAUGAGAUGAAGGAGGAGGAGAGAAGACCAGCUGCUUAUGGGGUGCUUGGAAGCUUAGCUGAAGAGCAUGACAGUAUUGAGGAAGAAGAAGAGGAGGAAGAGGAUGGGGAGAAGCCUAAGAGAAGAGGUCCCAAGAAAAAGAAGAUGACAAAAGCUCGCCUGGAGAGGUUCAAGGCUCGAAGAGUCAAGGCCAAUGCUAGAGAACGGACCCGGAUGCAUGGCCUGAAUGAUGCCUUGGACAACCUGAGGAAAGUCAUGCCGUGUUACUCUAAGACCCAAAAGCUCUCCAAGAUAGAAACUCUUAGACUGGCUAGGAACUAUAUUUGGGCUUUGUCUGAGGUCCUGGAAACUGGCCAAACACCUGAAGGGAAGGGUUUUGUGGAGAUGCUCUGUAAAGGGCUCUCUCAGCCCACAAGCAAUCUGGUGGCUGGAUGCCUCCAAUUGGGUCCUCAGUCUGUUCUCCUGGAGAAGCAUGAAGAGAAAUCUCCUGUUUGUGACUCUGCCAUUUCUGUCCACAACUUCAACUACCAGUCUCCCGGGCUCCCCAGCCCUCCAUAUGGCCAUAUGGAAACACAUUUUAUUAAUCUCAAACCCCCAGUGUUCAAGAGUUUGGGAGAAUCAUCCUUUGGGAGUCAUCCACCUGACUGCAGUACACCACCUUAUGAAGGCCCACUCACUCCACCCCUGAGUAUCAGUGGGAACUUCUCCUUGAAGCAAGAUGGCUCUCCUGAUCUGGAUAAAUCCUACAGCUUCAUGCCACAUUAUCCCUCUGCAAAUAUCAGCUCAGGGCAUAUGCACACAACUCCCUUUCAGGCUGGUACCCUUCGCUAUGAUAUUCCCAUAGAUGUGUCCUAUGACUCCUACCCCCACCAUGGCAUUGGGGCUCAACUCAAUACAAUCUUCACUGAGUAGAGCAGUAAGAUCAGAAUUUCAGAGGGUGAUGUGGCGAUGCUAUCUAUAAUUCAAAUGGUUGAGCUGAAGAUUCAAUGACCUUAAAGGAAUCCUUUAGAUACAUAUCAAAUACAUUAGUGCCAGUCCAUUUAGGUCCUCCUACAUCUGUCACUCUUUAUUCUCAUCAACUUCUCAAAAUGUAUUGAUUUCUUUAUUUAGGGUCCUCAAGAAAAUUAUUUGAUUGUUUACAAUCACGUGGAAAUAGAACAGAAGCCCUAGGUCCUAUUCUGGUGGGGCCAAUAACUUAUUGAAUGAUCUAUGUCAAUUAAUUUUCCGUUUCUGGACUCUUUUUACUUACUGGUAAAAUCAGAAAAAUUAUUCUAAAUCUAGAUGACUUUUAAAGUCCUUUGCAGUUCUGAAAUUCUUUAACUUUGGUGACUACUUUUAUAAAUUUCUUGAAACUGAAAGGACAGAGGAAUGGUAGGAUGGACACUACAUGUCAAUGAUCAAACAGAGUUGCCAAAGGAGCACCAGGUGCAUGACUCUCGGGGACUUAAUGAUUGGGCUUCUUUGCAUCUAGAAAUAGCCUCCAGAGGCUAAAAUUCUAAGUUGGUUGUCUCCGUGAAUAACAAACCAUAUUCUUGCUGGGUUGAAAGCUGAACAUAACUUCCUUGAUUCUUGAUAACAUUUCAAAAGCACUUUUAUUAGUAGUAGAGAUAGGGCAAUCUAAUCAUUGAAACCUCAGAUUCCUAUGACAAAUGGGACUUAGAAAAGUCAUGUAGACCAUUUCAUGGCAUCCAUAACUAGAGGGCUCUGGAAAUUCUGAUGAAGCUCAGUUCCUGUUAUUGGAAUAAGCAAACAACACAGGUCACAUUCAAGAGCAAUAAAUUGGCUAUUGGCUAUACUAACUAUAGCUGUAUAAUAGUUCUCAGACUCUCUCUAGUCCACAACUGCCCAUAGGGAAACCACUAGAUUUUUUUUGGCACAAUAAGUUUUGUUUGUUUGUUUUGUUAAAGAAAACAUGUUUAAAAUCACUGACCUCUGUCCACACCAAUAUCAUAUUUUCUGGAAGCACAAGCACCAAUCAAUUUAUUGACCAAACUUGAAUUUUCCCAACAUAUAUAUAAUUCUGUGUCUCCUCCCCACUAAUUGUUACCUCUUCCUCACUUUAAAAUAUAUAUUAUUACAUAUUGUAGAUAACAUUUAGAGUAAUCAGACUUAAAGAUGCAGACAUUAAAUCCAAGGUCAGGGAAUGCUUUUACCAAUCUAUGUCUGCAUUACAGUUUAUCCCAAUUCACAGGAUGUUUAUUUUUCUUCAUAUAACUCCUUUUUCCUUUAUAUCAGCACUAUUUUGUCAAAUGUAUCUUUUUUUUUAGAGAAAUGUGAUCUGAGAAAUGUUACUGUCCUGGUCAAUCUGCAGGGGAAAUUAUUUAAAAUAAACCAAAAGCAGAUCACAUUCUUUUUCUGCCAGAGAGGAUAUGCUUAGGGUGCAUAGUACACAAUUAGGGCCAAAGAAUAAAAGUGGUAAGGCAGACUAGUGUGUCAUUUUCUACAGCUUAGCCAUCCCCUAAAACCUGCCAAACUACCUGUGUGUUUUGUCUUUCUUACCCUCUUAUUUAUUAUCUCCUUGCAGUCUAAGUUAUUUUCUUUCCAUUUUGCUUGCAACAGCAACCCUGCUGGAUUUUACAUGCUCGGUUGGUAAAUCCACUUUGGUUGGCAUCCAAAGCCACCCUAUGUGUUUUGAGUCUGUAUUGGCACUUAUCUUCGUAAGAGGUAGUGGGGGAUCUAUCCUUGAAGCUGGAAUUUUAUGGCAUUUAAGUUUGUAGAUAAUGAAUGUUGUCUGAGUUAUUUAUUAGAUAUUAUUUAUUUAAUUUAUUUCUCCUUCCUUUCAUGCAAACUCCCUAGGUUCCAUACACGUGCUUGCAAAAUCUCCUUAAGGCUUCAUUUGGAAAAGAGCUCACAACUUUGCUGGGAAUUUCUGAGUUUGGGAUGAGAGAAAAAGGAGGAAGUUAGUGCAGAAUUACCUGCAGUGACAUUUUUAAAAUAAAAAGCAGCAAUAAUUUGAAUGGCUAUGCAAGUUGAUAUUUUUAGAUUACAGUGGGGCCUUGACUUACCAGUGUCCUGACUAACGAGUUUUUUGAGAUACCAGCUGUCUCUCAGC